GGGGCGGUGCCCGCGGACCGCGCUCCAGCCCCGCCGCGCCAUGGCGGGCAGUGGGGGUGGCGGCCCCGCCGCGGUGCUGGUGCUGCUGGCGGUGCUGCUGCCGCCCGCCGCGCGGCCGGGUCCCGCAGUAUCAUUUUAUGGUGAUAGCUUUGUGAAGUUGAACAUGGCAGAAGCGUCCUCUCAGACAUCCGUACAGUUGCGGUUUCGAACAAACAAGCCACAUGGACUGCUUUUUCUUGCAGCUGGGAAGAAGGAUUAUUGUUUAAUGGAACUACGCUCAGGAAAUUUGCAGUUAAGAAUUAACUUUGGCCUGGGGGAACAAGUACUGCAUUCUCAACAAAGAUCUCAGCUGAAUGAUUUAUUUUGGCACCUGGUUGAACUACAUCAUGAACGUGAUAAUGUCACAUUAGUAAUUGAUAAACAUGAUAGAACCACUGCAAAAAUGCCUGGAAUUCACUAUGAAUUAAAUAUUGAUUAUGGAUUCUACAUAGGUGGUACUAGUAAACUUCGUGUUCCCUAUCUUACUGGAGCACUGCCCAAUUUCCGAGGAUGUAUGGAUAAUGUCUUGUUCAAUCAGCUAGACAUUCUGAUGCCUCUGAGAUCUCCUGGCUUUAAAAAUGUCCAUGAAGUUUCGGUGGGAUGCAGUGAUGAAUUCUUUGCAGGUGAAGAUGAACCUAUUAGCUUCUUCAGUUCUAGAUCUUAUGUUUCUUUCCCAUUAUGGAAUGUUGAUGAUGGGGGAAUCAUGGAGUAUACAUUGCAAACCUCAGCUGCACGUGGCUUGUUGCUUUACCAUCCUGGGCAAACAGGAGAUUUCAUUGCAAUGGAAAUGGAAGAUGGAUUAAUUAAAGCCUAUGUUGGAAAACAUAAAAGUAGAACCCAACUUUCCUCUUGUACCUCAGUCAAUGAUAGUCAUUGGCACUACAUCAAACUGAAAUUUACUGCAGAAUAUUUGCAGCUGACAGUGGAUGAAGAAACUGUGAAAAAAUUAUUGCCUCCCCACAGUAAACUGCCGCUUCUGAAGGAGUCUCUCUUUGUGGGUGGUGUAGAUGACAGCACACGAUCAGAAGUGAUUAAGUUAGAGCUAACCUCAGUGUCUGGGAAGUAUGCCAGAGGAGGAUCUUUCAAAGGUUGCUUAAGAGACCUGAAAGCCAAUUCGGAAAAGAAAUCCCUAAAGAAUGUUCUGGUAACAAAGGACAUUUCAGCUGGAUGUGAAACGGAGAGAGCUUUCAAUAAAAAUCUUUCUUUAGAGAUGGCUGUGAAGAAUUCUACUGUGAAAGCAAUACCAACAUUUGCUGUUUCCCCUGAAAGCUCUGUCUCUCUGGGCAAGGAAAACAAAAGCCAACUUUUAGUUCUCAAUAACUUGGUUGUGCUAGAGGGUGGACAAGCUUCGCUUGAAUCUAAACAUAUUAAAGUCAACUUAGACUUUCGGAAAUUAGGGAUUCAUCAGUCACAAAUUCUUUUUGAAAUAAAGGAACCACCCUUUCAUGGAGACUUGAAACGAGGUGUUGAACUUGCGCAGGGGGUAAAUACGUUUAGUCUACAGGACCUGUGGCAAGGGAAGAUUCUUUAUGUCCACGAUGGCUCUGAGGAUACUUAUGAUUAUUUUAAUUUCUCCAUUUAUGCCAGCAGUGAAAAGACUGUGCCUCCAUAUCUGCAAGGAAAUGAGCAGCAUGUGUUUAGCAUUACUGUCACUCCAGUAAACGAUGAGCCCGAGAUCACUCUUCCUGAAGGAAACUUGCUUCUUGUCUUAGAGAACUCAAAGAAACGUUUGACUAGUGAUCUGAUAAAAGUUCUAGAUAAGGAUACAGAUCCUGUAGAUCUCAGUCUUUCAGUGCUUGGAAAUUUGAAUGCAGAUGCAGGAUUUUUAGAAAAUUCAAAGCAUCCUGGAAAAGCUAUUAGUACUUUUUCUAAUGAGGACUUAAGAGAAGGCACUAUUUUCUUUGUCCCCACAGGUGUCAGGAACUCAAGGAUUGCUCUGAGGGCGAGUGAUGGUGAAAAAGUGAGCAACACUGUUGUGUUACGUGUCAUGGCAGUUCCUUUGGAUUACAGAGUUGUGAAAAACUCCGGAAUGAAAAUAUUCCAAGGUAGUACUGCUCUGAUCACAGCUAGGCAACUGGCAGUUGAAACGAAUGCCCACCUCCAGGAGCUGGAGGUACGAUAUGAGAUCACAAAGCCACCCCUGUUUGGAGAAGUCCAAAGGCAGCUUUCAAGGGGGGAAUGGAAGCAAGUUAGCUCUUUUUCUCAACGCUCUGUUCAGCGUGGCCGUGUGAGGUACAGUAGCACUUUUAAAGGAAGUCAGCUGCAGAAUGUUACUGACCAGUUUAAAUUCAAAGUUAGUAUAGGGGACAUACUCAGUGAAGAACACACAUUUUCUGUCAAGGUGAAAUGGCUAAGAUACAGUUUAUUGAAAUAUGCUCCUCUAGAAAUUGAAAAAUCAAAAAAGAAAUAUUUGAAUUCAGAUAAUCUCUUCGCUGUGGUUGUGGAUCUAGAAGUACCUGAAGAUGAGCUUCAUUUUAAGUUGAUGUCCUUACCAAAGAAUGGACAAGUACUACUUAAUGACCAGCCUUUGAAAAAAGAUUCCAUCUUUAGCCAGAAAGACAUCACUGAUCAAAAAGUGGCAUAUGAAUUAAUCAGCAGAUACCAUGAAGACAACCAUGAUUCAUUUCAAUUCAUUAUUUCUACCAAGUAUUUGGAAUCAAAUUUGUAUGACUUUGACGUCUACAUCAAAUCAGAUUUCAGAAACCUUAUUUUGACUAAUAAUGGCCUUAUUGUUACUGAAGGUGAAGGAGAGUUAAUAACAAGCACAAAAUUAUUUGUGCAAACACCUGAUAAUAAAAGUUUCCAAUAUAAAGUUAUACAGUUUCCUAAGCAUGGGAAAUUAAAACUCACUGAUUUCUCAGGCUCAUUCGAGAGUAAAGACAACCUCACCACUUUCACUAGCAAAGAUAUAACUGAUAAGCGCCUUAUGUAUGUGCAUGAUGAUUCUGAGACAGCAUUUGAUGAAUUUCUUGUCAGAGCUUCCAGUGAAGACUCAGGAAAACAGACAAACUUUGAUGUGGAAGUAGAACCUUUGUCAGUAGAAAUGAGAUUCAACAUUUCUGUCCAGCUGAAAAAUGAUGAGAAACCGAUACGAGUAAUUGAUAAGAUAUUUAAUGUAGUGAGAAAUGGGCAGCGACUACUAACUUUGGCAGAUCUAUGCUAUCAUGAUCCCGAUUCUGAUUUUGAUGAUGGACAGUUGUUGUAUACUAGACGUGGCAUUUCCAAUGGGGACUUGGUGCUGACAAAUGAUACUUUGCACAGACUCUAUCAGUUCAAACAAGUGGACCUGGAGCAAAAGCAAGUCCUGUUUAUACACCAUGGUGCAGAUUUUGGGCGUUUUGUGCUCUUUGUGACAGAUGGCAAGCACUAUACCUCUUUGCUUCUAGAAGUCAAUGCCACUGAUCCUUACGUUAGAUUAGCAAAUAAUACAGGCUUGUUAGUUCAAAAAGGAAAAGAGGAAACUGUUACAAUAGCUAACCUAAGUGCUUUUACAAAUCAAGACGUCAGAAAUGACCGUGAGAUUACAUAUGAGAUAUUCUCUUUCCCGAAAUAUGGAAGAAUAUAUGUAAAUAAUCUGUUGGUGGAUUCCUUUACUCAACUUGAUCUCACAAAGGGGUAUGUGACCUACAGGCAUGAUGACAGCAACAACCUUAUUGACACGUUUGACUUCAUGGUCCGUGCUAGAGAUGUCCAUCUCAAUGCUGCAAUGUGUAUUCGCAUAUAUUUGGAAAGUCAUCAGUGGCCACCAAGGAUUGUGAACAAAAACAAUCUCUUAGUCGAAGAAGGAAAACCAGUUAAAAUCAGUAAAGGAAAACUGCAAGUUGUUCAUGAAAACAGUUCUCCAUCUGAGAUUGUGUUCACAGUAAGACAGCUUCCAGUACAUGGAUACAUUCGGAAGUUUUCCUCAGAAGAGAGUUAUCUUGGUGCUGAUCAAAGGCCAGUUCUGAGCUUCACGCAGCAAGAUAUUGACGAAGGCAAAGUUCAGUAUGUGCAGACAGUUCCUGAACAUCUAGAUGACUGUUUUUCUCUGGAUGUGACCAACGGUAUCCGAACAGUGAGUGGAAUAGAGAUCUCUGUAGAUAUCAUCCCCAGAAUGAUUCCACUAGAAGUACAGAACUUCACAGUAAUUGAAGGGGGCUCAAAAGCCCUGGUGGCAGACUACCUAAAAAUUUCUAGUAGACACUUUGCAGGACUCAACUGUGAAUUUGUAUUGACUGAGCAACCAAAACAUGGGUAUGUUGAAAACUCCCAUGUUCCUGGAAUAAAGUUAACCACAUUUAGCAGAAAACAGGUGGAACAAGAAUUAAUCUACUACAUUCAUGAUGACAGCGAGGAGCUGGUGGACAAUUUUACUGUGAUAGUAAAUAACACGGAAUUGUGGAAACAAAGUUUGCCCCAAACUGUGUUUGUAACAGUUACUGCAGUAAAUGAUGAAGCUCCUGUUGUAAAAAUGAACAGAAUUCUUCAGGUCUGGGUCGGUUCCAUCACAGAAAUAACUAUUGAUGACCUCUGUGCAGAGGACAAAGAUUCAUCACCAGAAGAACUGAUGUAUUCCAUUACUCUACCUAGCAAUGGGCAUGUGGCUCUGAAAUCUUCUCCAAAUGAGAGCAUCCUUAAUUUUACCCAGGCUCAUGUAAUUGAAGGGCAGCUGGUAUUUGUACACAAUGGAGCAAUGUCUGGAGGAUUCAGCUUUCAAGUAACAGAUGGUUUGAACUUUGCCCCUCGGCAGAUUUUCAGCAUCACAGCUCGGAUGUUAGUCAUUAGCCUUGAAGUGAACAGAGGCCUCGGAGUCUUUCCAGGUUCCAGGAAACCUAUUUCACGACAUGAUCUGAAAGCUGUAACCAGUGAUGUGACCAAUGCAGGAAACAGAACUAUAACUUUUAUGAUCAUAACUUCCCCAAAACUUGGAAGGCUGAUCAAAGUAAAUUCUGAUAAUACCACUCAGGAAACCAUCAGUUUUACCCAGUCUAUGGUGGAUGAAGGUGUGAUCAUGUAUGAGCACUUACAUGCCAAGUCAGCUGACUGGAGUACAGAAGAUUUCUUUACAUUUACUGUCUCCUCUCCACCAUCAACACUGGACCUCCAGGUGUUCCAUAUUGUAAUUUCAUAUGAAAUUACCAGGCAUGAUUGGAAUAGUCGUCUUCUGGCAAAUACAGGUGCCAUAGUCCAGGAAGGAGGUAAAGUAUUAAUCAACAGAACAAAUUUAGAUGCUUCAAAUCUAUUGAUUAAGCUACCUGAGGUACAGCGCUCUGUGUAUGAAGUCUGGUAUGAAGUUGUAUCUUUGCCUCAACAUGGCUUUAUUGUUGUUGGAGAAAGAAAUGUUACCAAAGAAAAACCUAACUUCUCGCAAUACAUGCUGAACAGAUUUGGAAUUGUGUAUGUGCAUGAUAAUUCUGAAUCAGUGAAUGACAAUUUCGCUUUCGCUGUUUGGUUAAACCUAAAGAGUAAGUCUGCAAUGAAGCCCCAUAGUGAAGCUUUAGAGGAAAUAUUUAAUAUCACUAUUGUUCCAGUGAAUGACCAAGUUCCAGAAUUGAAGACCAAAAAGCUGCACUUGAAAGUCCUGCAGGGAGAUGUGUCAGUGCUGGGGUCAGAGCAUCUGAAAGUUGAAGAUCUAGAUAAUGCCCCAGCUGAGCUCAAAUACACCAUUGUUAGCAACCCCAAUAAUGGUUAUUUAGCAAUGAAAAGCAAUCUCAGUGUCUCCAUAAAGGAAUUCACACAAGCUGAUGUUGACAAUGGUAAAGUUUGGUUUGUACAGGAUGGAAGUUCAUCUUCUGGGGUGUUCUAUUUCAGUGUGACUGAUGGUAAACAUCGCCCUAUAUAUAAACUGUUUAGUCUUGAAGUCGUACCAUUUGCUCUUGUCCUGGUCAACCUUACCAAUGUUGCUCUUCCACAGGGUCAAACAUCUGUCACUAUUACUAAUGUGGAGCUUUCAGCCAUCACAAAUGGAAAAAGCACUAAUAUCAUAUAUGAAAUAACUAAGCCGCUCAAAUAUGGGCACCUGAUGAUUGGAAAUGAACAGGUUACUAAAUUUGAGCAGGCAGAUUUGUACUCGGGAAGGCUAUCUUACCAUCUGACAAAUCUCACUGCAUCCAAAGAAGUACUGGAGUUUAUGCUCUCCACUGCAGAAAGCAAUCUAACAGGACAAAUACUGAACAUCACAGCAAAGCCUUUAGUACAAGUUGUACCUGACUUGCAGAUUUCAAAUCAAGCAACUUAUAAAUUCAGAAGCAGUGACCUGGAUGCUUCUGAGUUAGCUAGUUUGACAAAUAGUAACCCUAUAUUUGAAGUGAUAGUACCCCCAUCUUAUGGAAGGAUUAUAAAGAAAAGGUUUGUGAAUGACACAGUGUUUGAAGAUACUCAGACUUUUACCCAGGCUGACAUUGAUAGUGGUGUUGUACUUCUGGAUAUAGAUACGAAUAUGACGGGCCUUGAUCUGUUAAAUGACUCAUUCACGUUUAUACUCAGGGCACAUGCUGUGCAGCCAGCUGUUAGCUAUUUUGAGUAUUCCAUCGUGCCAUACAGUCCUCCACUUCUGCAGGGUUUUACAGCCAAAGUGCCUUCCAUAUCCAGCACAACCACUUUAAAGACUCCCGCUACCUCAAAGGACAGGGCACCAGCCUCCUCUCGGAAUGAAGGGCCUACAGUAGCACUACAGAAGACUGAACCAACCAUGUGGUCAGGGCAGAAUCACUGGGGAAAUCUACAUAAGGAAAGUCCAUUGCUAAAUCUACCAGUGGGAACAAGUGGAUCUGCAGGGACUAGGACCACAACCCAAGUCAAUGUCAGGAGUCCCAGAGGGCAGGCAGGUGAAAGCAGCAACCCUUGGUACAUCGUUAUCCCCCUGGUCCUGGUGUCUGUGCUACUCAUUGUUGCUGUUGUUUCUGUGUGCAUUUUGCUAAUGUGUCAGAAGAAAGAGAAGACAAAACCACUCGUCAGAAGUCAAACUGCUGUAGUCCUCAGUAGCCCAGAUGGAUGCCUGGAACGGAGCUUGACAGUACCCAGUGUUACAGUGACUCCUCUCCUGAAGGGAUCUGAGGGAGGUACAUCCGUGGCAGUAAGACAUGAACAGCUGCUCCCUGCAGCUGUUAAUCCGACAGUAGAACGGUCUCUGCAAAACUGCUGGUUAAGCCUUGAUCCUGAAAUGAUCCAGUAUUGUCGAAGAACAAACCCAGCUCUGAAGAGCAAUCAGUACUGGGUGUAGUUAUGGCGAGUUUUGGUCCUGUAAUUGUUAUGGUACAGAAAAGAGAGUAUACGUUGUUGACAUAUAAUUUGUUUUUUAUUACACUUAUUUAUUAUAGGUCAAGUGAUGCACUGUUUGUUAGAUGAAGUCCAAAUAAUCUGUGAAAUAAUAAUAAAAAUCUUACCAAUUGUGGUGGCCAUAAAAUAAAAUUCCCGUUGGUACUUCAGCAAAAUUCCUGCUUAGUUCAGUGCAGAAUUUGGCCCCAUAGAUUUUGAGUGCACCCUGUGUAUGCAAUACUUUUUCUUUUCCAUGACUGGUAAAAUGGAAUGUUCUGUUAUGGAUUAUAUGUUUUUAAUAUAAUUACUUUUCUUUGAAGACUGAGUUUACUGUAAAGGUCUUGUCUUUUUUUCCUGUACCACCCCUUCUAUAUGAAGAUCUUCAAACUGUUUCUAUAAGUAAUUGUGAAGGUGCUAAUCUCAAUAAUGUCAUUCUGACCCAAAGGCUGUUAAGAGGCUGUUACUAAAGAAACAAAGCUGUGAUUCUUUUGACAGGUGUUCAUCCAGGUCACUGAGCUGGAAAUCUAGAAUUCAACUCAGCAACAAUGGUACAGCAGUGACUGCAUAUAAGCAUUCUGGUAAAAUACUCUUACUGUGAGAUAUUAUUUGUUCUUUUAUUUUCUUUUUCCUCAUUUGAUACUGAACUUCAGCCUUGAAUAUCCGCAGACUAGUAAAAUGCAUCCAUGACCCUUAGUCCACAUAGCAAAAAAUGUGUAUCUGCCGGUCAGCCUGUCUGCUGAAUUAUCUUAAGGCUUAGGUUAUGUCUGGGAGCACAUAUCAAAGUUUCCUACUUCUGACAAAAAUCUAAACUCUGCCUUCAGUGGAGCAAACACAACUGUCUCUGGAGUCUGGGCAUUCCAGCAGAUGACAGUAGAAUGUGUGUUGUGGAGCUCUGACAGGAACAAUCCUGCAGAGGACUUACAUAUUCCCCUUCUGAAGUUUCACAGUUUAUCCUUCAUCUCCUAGAAAACCAAACACAAGUGCCUUACAUGCUAUGACUAUGCCAGCAAUUUUGCUCUGGUAGUAAAAUGUGCCAUAGUUUAACUGCAAAGGGAAUAUUUUCGUAUUUUUGAAAUCCAGGCUCACUAGUGAUGUGCACUCUCCAUGUAAGGUCCAGUCUUUGUUCUACUGAGGACAACAGCAAAAUUGUUAUUGGUUCCAGAGAGUGAACUGACAUCAGGGAAACGGUGGUGUGAUCAUACUAGUCUCUUGCUAAUGAUGGAACUUCUCAUCUAUUUUUGUACUUUUGUAUUCUUAGAGCUUUCAGUUAGCUUCUCUAUGAAAACACGGUGCUCAGUGUCAGAACGCAGUGUCUGCAUGGCACUCAGUUAACACUGGAAUACCAUUUUUGUUUGAGCCUAUGUACUGCAGUUUUUGCUUGUACGGAAUGGAUGUAUGAACCUCAGCAUCCUUGGUGCUAUUCAUUUUACAUUACCUUGGUUUGGAUUUUUUGUUAUUGUUGAUUAGCUAUGUUUCUGUCAUUUAUAUAUUUGAACUGUUGGAAAUUAUCACCUGUAAGGAGGGCUAGACUGAGCCUCUGCAUACUGCUGUGUUCUGGGAACUGAACACACAAGCAGUGGAGGCAGUCUUUCUCAUCUUUACCGCCUCUGCCAUGGUCAGCCAUGGUGUAUUUUGAAGCAAUGCGUUUUCAGAGCCCACUCCAAGGAGAGUAGUCGAUGUCAGUGGAAAAUAUGCAAGUCACUUAGUCAGUUUAUCAAGUUAGUGGGGCACUAGAGGCUAAAGAUAUGAACCCUUGAUAUGCUCAAACUGAAAUGUGUUUGAACCCUAAUAGACAUGUUUUAUUUCUCUGUCAUUACCAUUUUUUGCCUGAUGAACCAGGAAACCAGCAUGAGCAGGUUUGAAUUCAAGCAUUGCAGUCAGUGUAAGAGUCUGUGGUGGACCGCUGCAGGCCUGUGUUGUAGACCUUUCCUGCUUCUCCAAAGAACAUCUUUGGGACUAUUUUAGAAAUUCUCAGCCAGAGAGGUGGUGCUGGCAGCCAUUGUAGGGACACCCCAGCAUCCUUUGUGGAGGUGCAGCUGUACGUCUCUUGCCAUUGCCUUAGAUUUCAUCUGCUCACACCAAGCAGAUCCCAGCUUCCUCCAGGUCUCAGCUGUCACUUACAGCCUUCCCCCAGUGCCUUCUGGCUGGCAGCAGGAACCUAAUCCCUUUACACUACCUCCAAGGUCUUACUCCAGGAAGGAGUAAGGAAUGAUAAUCGAACACUGCUGACACUUAAAGAAGCCUGUCUUGCAUUUCCCUGCUGCUGACACCUUCCUGUCAACAGCAAAGAGGCAUCGUACUCCAGUAUCUACUGGGAGACAAGUAAUUUGCCUCUAGUUCAGUACCAAAAUAUUGCAAUGAUAAAAGUUGCUGUAGUCUGGUGACAAAAUCCAUGCUGUGAACUUGUGACAGGCUGAACAGAAAUAUGAAAGUGAAAUGUGUGCUCAAUGAGAGUUUGCUAAAUGUGAUGUUGUAAAGACAGGUGUGCCUGAAGUUGCCAGGUAUGCAGUGGAGAUGGAACGUGAGCUGCUGUAAUACUGGUGAUGGUAAAAAAUGAGACUACAGCGUAACAGUGACUGAGUAAAAAAAUUGGCAGUGCAAUUAGAACUCUGCAGUUGAAUGGGUGUUCUUGAGUUUCAGCAUUUUCAUGCUCUAAGCAAGAAAUUACACAUGAAAAAUACAGAAAAGGUGGUAGAAUUUGUGCAGGCUUUUUUUUGCAAUCUGCACAAUGUGCCGAGCUCUUGUUCACGGUUUCCAAAGGGCUUUUGGCUAUUGAAAGAUGGUAACUUCAAGUACAUUGGGCAUUAUGGAUUUGUAUUUUGAGCAUUGGGCUCAGAUUUUAAAGCAUUGAGGGUUUUUUUGUUGUUUUUGUUUUGGUUUUAGGGAGUUUUCUUUGGUUUGAUUUUGUGUUUGUUUUUUUUAAAGAAAAACAGCCAGAAUGCCUAAAUCAUUAGUAAAGUCUGCCAGCAUUCAGUUUUCUCCCUCAGUUGGUGCUACAGAGAGAUAACCAUGCCAUAUCAUGGAAAGUUUUGAUGCCGAUAGAAGUAUAUUGUAUCAGUGAUUAUGGGUUUCAUUAAAAAUGCAGAGAUAACUGUAACUGAUAAGUAUAGGUGGAUUUUGCCUUAAUAUCUUCCCCUGAAUUCUGAUUGCAUUAAUUUAAGCUUUCCCUAUGGGCAACACAGAAUAGUCUCUGGCAGACGACAGUUCAUCGUGCUUUUAUGCAGAUAUUUAAGAUAGGUGAGAGGAGUCAACUCUUGCUGAACUGAGGUCACUGGCUUAGCCAGAAGUCCAGCUUUGAGGCAGUAAGAACUCACUGGGAUGAAUUUCAUUCUGCAUUUCAUAAACAACAUAUCAAUCUAGAAAAUCCCCAAGAAAAACAUUUUGUACUUAGGGAUUCUUUUUGUGAUGCUGGAACAUGCAUAGCUUAUGGUCAGGAUCUGGUCUGAGUUUUUUGGUUGUUUCACUUCACCUUGAAAUUGUGUUUUUUAUUUAGUGGAGGUGAGAUUUGUGAAAGAUUCCCUUUCUAAACAAAUGGGAGUUCUAAACUGCAGCAUGGAAGUGCCUUGAAAACAUAUAAAAUUAAUAAAUUCUUUUGUUUAUAAUCCACACGUUUAUGUUUCUGUGUUUUCUUUAAAGACCUGUAAAGUACUGCACUGAGUGCAGAAACACAGCAGGAUCCCAUUUCCAGUAACAGCAUUAUUCCAGGUUUUCUGAUAUUUAGUUUUUAAUUGUGUGCUGAGAUGACUGUUGUGCUGUGCCCAGCAUUGUGCCUCUAACGUAAUGCACGUGGCUGGAAAAAGAGAUCUCAUCAUGUAUCUACCUGGCCAUGUUCAGCGCUUGAAUGAACGUAGCAUGAAAAUAAAUGCAUUCAUUUGAACUUGCUCAAACAGGACUGCACUGCUUUUGUUUCAGUAAGUUUUUCUGUUAUUUAACUGCGUA